AUGAACUCGAAAGGCUCUGAAAAUAGCACUUUGGCUUCAACUAAAGGAACUUCUUACCAAGGAGAAGCCCGAAUUCUGGUUGCCGCGAUUGUUGAAAUUUGCCUUUGUCUUUUAGGGUCCACAGGAAACUUAAUGACAUGCUUAGCAGUUUUACGGAACAGAACUUUACAAUUUGCUACCAACUUUUUCAUUGUGUCGUUAGCUGUUGCCGACUUGUUGGUGUGUAUCAUACUUGUUCCAAUGAGAGCCUCGCAGCAUUUUGCCUUCUUCCUCGGCAAACCUGAUAUUUCCUCUCUUGGUGUCACCGUUGCAGGUUUUCUUGGACGAGUAAACAUUUUGGCAUCAAUUUGCAAUCUUGGAGCUUUGAGUAUCGACCGAUGUCUUGCUCUUAAUUACCCAAUGAAAUAUCGCUUUGGUAUUCGAUACGCAACAGGCCGAGUUCUUGGGGUUAUUGUGUCCUUUUGGGUAUUUGCUAUUACAUUCACAAGCUUGCCUUACGUUCCAGGAAUUACAGAUGACGUCUUCCAAAUCGGUUUCAUUGUCUUUGUACUUUCUGUGACUCUUGUAAUCAUGGUUGCCUAUUUUCGGAUUUUUCAUAUCGCAGAUCAAGCAAGACGGAGAAGACGCAAAGUCGCUGUACUUGAAAUUGUCCUUCAGGACAAAUCAUCAAAACGGAAAGCCAAUCUAAGUUCUAAUACCGAUGAACCAGCACAUUUAUCGGACACAAGACUUUGUUCCGAAGUUUUUCCGAUUCCUGACCGAAGAUUCUUGAACGUGAUUCCUAAACAUUCCCAGACAAAGAAGUCUUCGUCGAUGCUCCAAUCACGAGGACAAGAGCUUUUCCAAAGCCCUGAUGCAGCAAUGCUUGGUUCCAAUUCUUUCACUGUGAAGACAAACAACAAUAAGGCUUUGCCUUUUUAUUCGGAUUCCGAUGAUCGUCCGAAAGUUCCCCAAUCGGAUAAUAACGCUAUGAGGAAAGACCAGCAUCGAGAUUACAAAACAACGAAGACCAUCGGAAUCGUGAUUGGUGCGUUAAUUCUGUUGGUUUAUCCACGUAUCAUCAUGAUUCUCUACCACUAUGCCAACCCAUCCACACUUGCAAGUGAACUGGCCACAUUCUGGGUACGAAUUCUCUUGUACAGCAAUUCCGUCAUAAAUCCAAUGUUAUACGCAUGGCGCAUGCGUGAAUUCAGAAUGGAGUUUGGUAAAAUCAUAUUUUCUGUGCUGCGAUGUGGGAGAGUAUCGAAUCAGUCACCAUCGCAUCAAACCACUCGAACUAGUACAGCACUAUCGACAACGAACGUAGUGCAAUAA